CGAAGUAGUCGUCUCGCGAGAGCGUCUCCAUACUUCAAUCGUGAGUGAAUUUUCUGAAGUUAAUCAUUCUCAUAAAGUAUUUGAAAAUAACUCAAGUGAAAGUGUUUUUGUUUAAAUUUGUAAAAAAAUACUUUUAAUAUUUAUGGUCGUUUAAGAUGGACGAACACGGAUAAUAUUAUUGAAAAGCGUGACUUGCUCGGUUGUAACUAUGUACCAUAUGAGGUUGUUUGUUGCUUCCACUGGAAUAGACAGCAUCAACAACACAGAUGCUGGCAUCUAUGACAUCGCAAACAUUUCUAAAAAGAACGCAAGCCAAUAUUCUAUCGAAGACGAUGAGUUUAUAUUCGACAGAACAGAUGUUAGGGCUAUAUUUAUAACGCUUUACACAAUUGUUUUUUGCUGUUGUUUCUUUGGGAAUCUUCUAGUUAUUCUCGUUGUGACGCUAUCCAGACGUUUGAGAUCUAUUACCAAUUUUUUCCUUGCCAAUUUAGCUGUAGCUGAUUUAUGUGUCGGAGUAUUCUGCGUGUUUCAAAAUUUGACAAUCUACCUUAUUCCCAGCUGGGUCUUCGGUGACUUCCUUUGCAAGAUGUAUCAGUUUGUGCACUCACUGAGCUACACAGCAUCUAUAUUCAUCCUGGUUGUAAUUUGCACGGAGAGAUAUUUCGCAAUCAUACAUCCCAUUACUUGCAAGCAAAUACUGACGUCGACAAGGCUAAGGCUGGUGAUAGUUGGAGUGUGGAUAACCAGUGCUGCUUAUAGCGCUCCUAAGUUUAUUUGGGUGGAGACUAUAACAAACGAUCUCGGAGAUGGCCGCCUGGAAACUAUUUGUAUUCAACAUAGAAUGAAGUACAAUUCCGAAAUAUUCGAUAUGGUCAACUUUGGUCUUCUCUACGUAACUCCGCUUUGUGUAAUGACGGUAUUGUACACGAAGAUCGCUGUAGGUCUAUGGCAAAGUUCUCUAGGCCUAGAACAACUGGGUCAAGGUCAGUGCUGUGCUACGCAAUGUCCACGGGCUGAGAAACCCCUAGCCAGUAGUAACUCGCACAAGACCUUUGACGGCAAUAUGGAAACAAAGGAGAGAACCCCAGCUAAGCCGUCAAAAUCAUGUAGGCACAAAUCUCGCAAUUGUCAUCACUUAAGUCAUCUCUCCCGUAACGUGCUACGUGCACGUCGUGGAGUUGUACGCAUGUUAAUAGUUGUUGUACUUACAUUCGCCGUAUGUAACUUACCUUUCCAUGCAAGAAAAAUGUGGCAGUAUUGGUCUAGUGGCUACCAGGGAACAAGUAAUUUCAGCGCUCUUCUCACACCGCUGACAUUCCUCAUAACUUAUUUCAACUCGGGCAUCAACCCGUUACUGUACGCUUUCCUGUCGAAAAAUUUUCGCAAGGGAAUGAAAGAACUUCUAUUUUGCAACAUACAUGGCAAGCGCAAGAGCGAUAACUUGAUACUAUUAAACAGGGUUGGUGGUAUAGGUCUGCGACGAAGUUCAACACGAUCAACACGUGCCAACUGCAGCACUGUCACCAUGGCACCUAACGGUGAAUCAUGAGGGUUACAUCGCCGCAGAUUCCUUUACAAGAUAGAAAAUACUGAUAUUUCCUGAUUAACGGAGAGCACCGACGAGGUGACAGAUAGCAGCGGUUUAUAUACAAUAUCAAAAAGGGAUUUGUAUGAUUAAACUGUAAAAAGAAAAUUAACACUUGCUGCAUAUCGUUUGCGUCGGAAAUAUAAUGGACAUUGGUGAAAUUAGUGAUCUCAUGAGCUUACUGUAGUACGUAAACGAAGUGACCUGUGUAGUUACGCUGUUGUGCUAAAGUAUAUUCAUAAAAUUUCUCUAUUAAGCGCAUUAAUUUAUACACAAAUGUUAUAUUUUGCACACGUUUCAUGUGUAAUUUACCUUAACGAUACAUGUUAUAGAAUUUUAAUAAUAAAUCGUAAUUUUUAAAUUAUCAUAUAUUGUCAUUUUUGUUAAAUAUUUGUAUGCAUUAAAUUUGUAGUUUGUUAAAUCUAUGUAAAGUUAAAAAAAACUAUAAGAGUUGGUCACGAGUCUAUAAAUUCCGAUUAAUGGAAAUUUGUAUAUGUAAGCUAGAAUUUUUUAUACGUCUAUUUCUUACUUUUCAAUUCUAACACACUGGCUCAAGCUGGGAUAAGCAUUUGUUACCAAAAUGUAAGUAUAUGUAUUUUUUUAUUAUUUUUUACAUCUAUAAUUGUUUCAUAAAAUUUUAUUAAGAAAAAAUAUGAGAACGUAAUCCAAAGAACUCGCUAAAUCUUAUUUGUAUAGUUCAAGAAGUCAGCUGGCUUCGCAAGAAAUAUCUGCAGCGAUGGCAGCUUGCACUUCAAUCAGAUGGAUUUUUUAAUAUGAGGCUGGCAUUUCUUAUUCCGCCAAUGGUUAAAACUUUUCCUAUUUAGAGUAUAUUAAUCAAGGAUAUACUAUUUUUGUGUAGACUUAAUUACGUUAUGAGAAUACAAUGCAAGAGUAAUGUAUAAAUUUUUCUAAUAAGAAGAUUUUUGCUAAUAAGAUGUCACCCACAGCUUAUACUGGUUGACUUUUUACGAAAUAAAAUCGAAUCCAAAGAUGUCACAAAUGUGCUAAUUAAAUCAAACAUCAUAUUUUUCUUUUUUUUUUAAUAAUAAUUUUUCUUCAACUUGCAUCUCAAAUUUUCUUAUUAUAAAUAUUACAGAAUUUUAUAUUUUAUGAUUUAAUUUCUUUUCUUUAAAAAUGUUUAAAUUGCACUGUUCAUGAGAGUUUUCAUUGUCAAAAUCAAAAGAGUUAAUUACGUUGAUAAGAUAGUAAUAGAAACCAUGGCUUUUAUGUUGGUAACAAAAAAAAGAUAAGUUAGGUGGAUGGCAGAACCUUAAAAAAAAGUGACAACGAAAAAUUCUGAUGAAUUAUAAAAUACGUAUACGUGUAUAUAAAUAUAAGAUAAAAUAUAUGUCAUUUUCACUCAGCAGGAAUAAUAUAAAAAUAUGUAGAAAAAAGUGUGAGAUAGAUUUUUAUACUGCCGCAUUAUAGAUUCAUAUACAUCCUUGUAAAUAUUGCUAUUUAUAUUCCUAACAAUAACAUGUUAUUUAAACUACGAGUUAUUUUCUAGUCAUUACUUAAGUUUCGUCUAAGAUAUAGAUGUUUAUAUUGUUGUGUAAAAACAUAUUUAUAUAACUUAAAACCAUAUCAUACGUUGAUCUUCCAUCAUAUUGUAAAAAUUGUAAAUAAAUUUAAAUCUUCUUAGAAAAUGUAUUAUUGUGUCUAAAGUUAUAUGUACUGUUCUAAUAAUAAAUUGUAUUCCAUUUUUUACUCAUAUGGUAGGAAUGAUUCAUAUAAUUUAACAAUGUCAUGUUUCAAUAUAUAGGUUAUUUUAACUAGACCCAUCCGUAAUCAUAAUGAGAUCUAAGAUUUUCGCGAGUAUUCAUUUAAAUGAAACUAGUAUUAUUCGGAUUUACUACGCGGAUUUUAUUAUUUAAAAACUACAUAAUCCCGACGUUUCGGUUACUUUGCAGCACCCGUGAUCACGUAACCGAAACGUCGGGAUUAUGUAGUUUUUAAAUAACAAAAUCCGCGUAGUAAAUCCGAAUAAUACUAGUUCCAUCCGUAAUCAUUUCCCAGUUGUGGUAUUUCAACGAAAACAUUUCCUAUUACAGGUUUUAAUUACCGAUCAUAGGAAACCUUGAUUAAAUUUAAUUAGAUAUUAAACUCUCGAUCUUAGUAUAAAAUGACAUAUUUGUCAUGCAAAUUAUUUCUAUAACAUCAAAAUAUUCUAAGAUUUUCUUUUCACUUCACUUAAUUUCCCUAAUGCAAUGUAAUUAUAUUAUAGUCAACAAAACAUUUAUAUGAAAAGAGAGGAUUUACUCUGAAGAAAAUUUAAAAGUUUGGUAAUAAAUAAGUAACAAAUAUAAAGAGGGUAAAUAUGUCAAUAAAGGACAAAUUUUAUGGGACACAAUUUUAUUUAGUAUCGCCGUUGCAGCUGGCCAUAAUAUAAUGGAUCAACGCGUCACAUAAAUUAGUGUAUGAUAUUUUUUUCUUUCUUUUUUAUACUUCUGUAAAAUUAUAUUUUUUUUUGAUUCAUCAUUUCAAAGUAACAUAUUUAUUGUAAGAAGUAAUUAUAUAUUUACUUUGGUAAAGCUAGUUCUAUAAAUUAACAUUGUUUAAAAGUACCAA